AGGGUAAUUCAGCGUCCUGAGUUUCACUGUGUUAUGAAAGGGCAACGUUUCCCCAUUUUUUUGGCGGUUUUGCUCCUGAGUAUCGCUUGUGGUUGUUUUGGUGACCUUUUUUCGUGCUUCCGGUCACCAGAGCAGAAUGCUUAUCGCAAAGCUCUCAAGUUUUGUAAACAAGAGUGCGCGCACUACUUUCAUGUCUAUGGUACUGAUUAUUAUCAAGCGUGUUACCCAUACUACUGUUUGCAGUACUGCAUGAUAAAACGUAGCCAAACAUACAGACGUCCAGAC